AUGAAGAAAAUUGCAAUAUUCGUGAUGAAUUUAAGAAAAUAUUUGAGCUUGCAAAGCCUUGUUACCCCAUCAACGGGGUUGUCUCGUAAUGUUCAAACAUUCUGUGAUCAGUAUGCGAUCCUUUCAAAUAAAGUUGUUGAAUUGGAGAAUAUUGGUGUUGGUGUUAGGAUGGUUCCAAAGGCAAAACUAAAUGAUGUUAAAGGUGAGUUGGUGCCCCUUCAAGUGGAAAAGGUUAUUUUACAAAGCAAGUUGGCUGAUCACCAACAUUUGGAGGAGGAAAUUGCUUUGAUGCAGUGUAAGGUUGCAUCUUUGGAGUUGGAGAAAACUAGGCAUGUUGAUAAAAUUGAUAUGUUAGAGCAUGAUGUCAAAAAGUUGAAGAGUGAUCACAAUAUAUCGUCUUUGAGGAACACAAAUUUGUAA